AAAAUGCGCUCAUGUUUACCUGCAGUGGCCGAACAACUUUUCAGAGAUAUUCAAAACACACACCAGGAAACAUCCCAAAUUCCUGAUGACCUGCUCAUCGCGCUGACGUUUGUCUUCGGGCCUUGCGCUCUGCAGGCGUUGGACCUUGUUGACCAGCAUUCUGUCACUUGUCUGUCGUCACCCAGCGGACGCAAAGCGUUCCAGGUGGUUGGCGGCUCGGGGCGCUUGUACACUUGCUUUGUGUCCUGUCACUACUGCCCGUGCCCGGCCUUCGCCUACACCGUGCUGCGCAGGAACGAGGGCCUGCUGUGCAAACACAUCCUGGCCGUGUACCUGUGUCAGGCCACGGGGGGGACGCUGCAGGAGAGCGUCUCCGAUCAGCAGAUGUCCACGCUGCUCAGCGGGACCGCCGCCAUGUGACUCCCAGCCCUUGGAGUUCGUUAGAGGUGGGACACUGGACACAACGGCAAAUGACGGGCGACGGUGAAGCAGCGGAGGCUUCUGAAACACCAACACGACCACCAAUAAAGCCCACCCAACGGGGAAUCACACAAAAUAUCAGUGCAAUGUGUUUUGAUUUGUGUAGUUAAGCUCCGAGGUGACCUUUGUUUUUUUUUCUCAAGUUACGCUCCAAACAAAACUGCUUUAAUUCAUUUAGUGUGUGUGCUUAAUCACCCCCACGCAGAUGUAUUAAGUUGUAUAAGCUCACCGGAGCAUUCACAAUAAUGCCGAUGACCAAGAGAAACGGACAAAGCUCAAGAUUGUGAAACCUCGACGCUGCAGACGAGCACCGUCGAGUGCAAAGGAGGAAGAAUUUGUUCCUCAGAAAACAUUUCAUCAUUGUUACCUGAUUCAAAAUGAUGUUUUAUUUGGGCUUCAGCUGGACAUUCUUUUACUAGCAUUCGAGAGUAAAGCAAAUUGAGUCCUUAGUGCAACAUGUUUUCGAGGCUUGUUCCUUUAAACAGGAGCGUCUUAAACAAAGGAAAGUGCGUCUUUGAACCCUGCAGCUUGUUGGAGGACCGAUGAGAGCCUCGGGGGCCCAGCUGUGUCUGAGAGGGGGGGGGGGCAAUGUAAAUGGUGCUUUAUGCGAUGUAAGCCAUUAAAUACAUGUGUACCAGAAGCUUGGGUGAGGAGGGCAGAGAAACGUAAAUUGCAUUGAUUUGAAGUGUCAAAUGUGCCGUUGACGGCUCAAAGCAAAAUGCCAUGUUCUAUAAAGGUUCCCAUCAUCUCCCCACUUCCUGAGCUUUUGGCUGAAGAAAUGUCAACAUGGAAACGAUAUGGCGCCCCGCCGCCGGUGUGUUUCGCUAAACUGCUUCUUUUGUCUGGGUCUGUGUGACUCGUGCUGUUUAUUUAGGGGCCACAACAAUGUUCUGAGCCACAGGGGGUCAUUUGGGGACGGGAGAUGAUUCACGGGACGGGCAACGCCUUCCUGUCUCGUGUCCUGCAUCUCCUCCCCACUUGUAAUUAAGUAUGUCUGAGGGUCGUUUCUGAUCCCGCUGUCGACGCAGGUGUAGCAGCGGAACAACACUGGCACUUAGUUGAAGCAAUAACUCACAUCUCUGCUAUAAAAAUAGUAUCGAUAGAGAAAACCUUCUUGUAUAUCGAUCCAGUGACGGUCGUGAGUUUACGGAGGGGAAACCAGCCAAGAAAUAACCUAAAUAUGGACGACUACCACUGUCGAUCCACAAGUACAAAUCUAGCCACACAAAGUGAUUUUGAUCUUCAAAUAAAUAAAUUAAAACACUGACAUAAAAUACCAGAGCAAAAAGGAGUGUUUAGAGUUGAGAUUCAGAAAGAUAAAUAGCAUCUUAGAAUGUAGUUUGGAUCCUUUCACAGUCCACAAAUCCAAUUAGCUUCAACAUGACAUAAAAGUCAGAAAUCCUUCACAAUAAAAGGGUCACAUAAGACUCUCCACUCAACAUCACACUGCCUGACUCAUAAAUAAAUGUCCACAUUCAAGGCGCGUUUGACAUCGGUUCUUCACAUCUUGCCCUCGCUCUGUAAACAUAUCGACCUCAGUGUAAAUGAAAGCGACAC